AUGGCUUUGCUGUCUCGGGAACUAGACCUAAUCUGUCGCCGCCUUUGGCAGAAAACAUCCUUGCCCAACGCGCGAAUCUUGACCUCACCCGACUUCGAAGUCGGCAACGACUACAAUAUCAAUCGAUCCGAGCACAUCAAAAGAGUCAUCAAACGUUGCAUUCCCGUCAAACGAACGGGCUACUGCAGCAGGCCACCCCGGGAUUCGACAUGUAUUGAAGUCCUGGAAGACCGCUUCCCUGGGAUCUACCAGCUUCCGCAGCAAACACUUGAGCAGCAAGCUGUUAAGCGCCAUGUGCAGUUACUGAUCUGUAGAGACCAAUUUCACCCCCCUGGCUAUGCUCACUUUCAUAUGCCUGAUGAUCUGAUUGUCCACCUACAUUACAAGUCGCGCCUUCUCUGGUGGAUCAAGGAUGAGGAUUUCCAUGUCGGACCACCAGCGCAAGACGACCCUUACUUUGUCCUCUCAACUGACGCGGCCCGCCUGUCCGACCGUGACCAGCCUGCCUGGCCUGGCCCUGAAGAGUAUACUCAGUACAUGCCAACCGCAACCGGCGAGACCCGACGAAGCUCGGGCCCAUGGUCAACCCUUUACCACGUCAAAACCCUGGUGGCAGCAGCCCAUGUCAAGAUGGCCCUCCUCUGCCUCUGCCAGAGUCUGCACAUUUUCCGCCGUCUGGACUGGCUCUGGUUCGCGAUGUUGUAUGACCUCGCGGAGCGGAAGGUUCCCGGCGAGCGCACAGUUACAAAGUACCAGCUGGACGUGCCUGAGCUGCAACUGUUCUGGGACCAACUCCGAGGACACGUGGAGGUCGCAGCUGACUGCAACAUCUUUGAGCCCCUGCUGGAGUACCGUGCCCGCCUAAUGAAAGAGAACAAGCUACCUCAUCUCCUGGAGGGAUCACCUCCACCCGACACUGUCUUUGUUAUGAAUAAGCUGCCUGUCACUGCGGACGCGGGUUGGUGCACGAUUGACCAGGAGGUGGUCCCGUGGAUCUAUUGUAAGCGCUACACCAUUUACCGCCACCUGUUGCUUCGCUGA